AUGGCGUCAGUGAAAUGGACGAUGCUUGUUAUGCACAUUUGGUGAGUCACUGAGCAUUAAAACGAGCAAGGCCGUGAUUUUUAGCGGUGCCUACCUGGACCUGUUCCUGAGCGCUCUUUCAACUCAAUAUUACCUCCUUCCCGCAGCAGCUGGCCAUGCAUCUGGUCUUUAUACUUUCAUCGGCAUUCCGGUGAAAUGGCAGGCAUACAUGUUUAUAUCCGCAAUCUGUUUAGCCGGCGUCGCUAUUCUCGGCUUCUUCGAGAGCCGUUUCAACGCAGUCGUGCGGGGGAAAGGCACCGGGUUGCUACAGGAGAAGAAGCGGUUGACGUACAUUGGAGGGCAUUACCUGUUCGCGUUCAUUUCAUUCUCCCGAUAACGUUCACUCCGCCAGAGCAGGAAUACGGAAAAGCCUAUGUUCGCGAGGUGAGACUAGAGAAUAUGUAGUAAACGAAGUUCCUUCAAGUUUCAGAAGCUUCCGUGCGUUCCGCAAUACGUGCUCGACCAUCCGAAUUUCUUCGUUUACGCCAUUGACAUCACGCUUCUCACCGGUCUCAUUGGCUUCGCCACAAUCACAAUAACCUCAGAAGUUGUCUAUUUCUUUGUUCGAAUCCUCAUUCAUUUGUCGAGUACAAAAGCGAAAUCGCAACGAACCUACACUCUCCAACUGCAAUUCUUCAUCGCUCUCUCCGUCCAGAUCUCCAUCCCUCUGAUGGUCGUCAUUGUUCCCGUGGGUUACAUUGUGUUCGCAUUUUCCAGUUCAUACUUUGAUCAAGGCAAGCAGUUCUCGUCAGACUUCAGCCUUCUUCAGACACAAUUUCAUUUCAGCACUCAACAACGUCUUUCUCAACAUGAUGUCUUUUCAUGGUCUCAUUUCGAGUCUCGUCAUGCUCGCCAUCCACAAACCCUACCGGAAGGUCUGUCUCAGCAUACUCGGCUUUCCGUGUUCAGUCAAAGAGUCAGUGAAGCACGCUUCGGUUCAGGCGAGGGAAGGCACACUUAUGGUUUUGAGUAGUUCCAGAAUUUGAAACAUUUGAAAACGUGUAUUGUUAUGUUUUACAAUAACAUUUAAGCGGUAAGGUUCUCCAACUUUCGUUGACAAGUUGACCGUGAACAGCAUAGAUCCACUUCGGAGAUAGAUUUAAAUCCAAUUCUCUUCUAAUUGUUCCACUUUUUUGCCUUUAAUAUGAAUAAAGAGUUAUGUCCGUUGUUAGAGGAGGUAAGCUCAUAUUACCUUCUUGAAAACUAAUUCAUCGUCAUUCAGGAAGACGAAAACGUUCCCUCUUUUGACGUCAUUCAUCCAAAACUGUCCAGAAAGUUCUUAUUGUUCACCACCUUAACUUUAAUGUCUUUCGCUUCGCUUUUGUAUCUCAAAGCGGACAUUGAUCCGUCAGGUAUGACAAUGGAAGAAUGUUACGUGGAAUCGUGGAAUCAGAAAGAGACAUAUACGUUUCCGUUUCAAGAAAAGUAUAAAUACUGGUCAAUGAUUGGAAUAACAGCGGUCGAAAGCAUUUCUGACAGAGAACUCCGUCUCAUAUCGGCCUUUGUUUAUGAUGAUUACAUUGUGGUCACAACUACGCAACAGGACAAAACUCGUGUCGGGUACUGCUUCUAAACGAUUUAUCUCUCAUCUGCCCAUAGAGAAAUCAAAAAGUGAUCAACUAAUAUAAUGUAGACAAUGUGUUAAGGAACAAUUUAUUAGUUGGCAACUAUUUGAUAUCUCCAUUAACAACGAAGAUAUAUUGUCUUGAAAAAACAAUAUUUGAGUGCCCACUUUAUUACACAAUCCUAACUUUCCAGAAAAAAAGUCUUCUGCCGCUACUUUGACUGUCACCGUCGGGAAAUUCAAAAUUCCGCCUACGCCUCUUUUUUCUUUCCGAUGACCGCAGUUCACUGUGUUCGACGAGCCGGAGCCGAGUUCAUGUCAAUCACCUUUGGAAAGCACGAUGAACCUCAAGAACCGAUACCAAUUAUCAAGAGAAUGUAUUCAAGUAAGUUACGAGAAAACUUAUGAUACUAUUAGAGUAGUGAUCAGGAGCACCGCAUGAGAUUGGAGUCUGUGUUGGGCAGAUAUAUGGAGAAGAGAGGAAGUGGCUGGAGAUAAUCGAGUUUGUGGAGCAUCACAGACUCAUCGGAGCGUCCAUAUUCUAUUUUACCGUCUAUGAAAUGGAUGGGUACACGAAGAAAGUGAUUGAGGAGUAUGAGAGGCUCGGCCUGGCAGAAGCAUCUUUUGUGAAUACCGGAUACCGAACAAUCAACAUUUUGUUUCAUCAAAUUCAACUUCACGAAUGCUUUUUCCGCAGUAAAUUUCACUCGAAGUGGGUGAUCAACGUGGAUAUUGACGAGAGAUUGACUCUCACCGAACCAUCGCUUUUUCCAUCGUUUCUCAGGUGAUUCAAGUAUCUUUCUUUCGACUUCAAAUAGUUGUUUAUUUCAGGAAACUUAACCCUUCCAUUUGUGAGUUAAUUUUUUCCAGCCGACGAGUAGCCAAGUUUGAGAAAGAUCCAGAGGCGUUUGAAAGCGAAGAGAGACUUCUGAAAGACAUGGAAUUCAUUCGGUAUCAGAACACAACUGAAGCACUGUGGCCUGCCCCGAAGAUCGUUUUCCGACCUGAUAAGGCGAGUGAACUGAUGCGUUUGUUUGCUGACGAAAAACCGAUUCAGGUGCACAACAUCUACACGCACUGGUCCUGGAAGCAGCACCCCGGAUGUCGGAUAACUUCGAUUCCAUACUGGGUCGGCUAUGUCCGACAUUACCGUUUUGUCAACAAACGAGGCCUCGGAAGUAACUGGCUGAACCAAUUCAACACCUCGUUUCAUUUCCCCUUAAACCCACAGUUUGCUGAAACGUUGAAGAUAGCGGUUGUUGCGAAAGUCAAGUAUUUGUACGAUCUGAAACCGAUUCCGUGCGAGAAAAUUGAGCAGUUUUUCAAGAAGAACUAUUUGAAUGACACUUUGAAGUGUGUUGAGAAUGAAUAA